AUCUGAUUCGUCGUCUCUGUCCCUGACCACGCCGGAGUGAAAUGCUUGCGAAAGCAGCGAGAGAGCUUUCAUCAUCAAAGCUUAAACCUUUCUUAACCCUUUCACUAUCCUCCUUAAAAUCUUCCUUAUGGAUCGAAACAAACCCUUCUGUUACUCUUCUUACUUCAUUUCUCAAUCGCCAUCACUUCAACACUAGAUCGAAAUCGCCGUUUCUAUACCCUUCGCGUUUCUAUUCUUCUUCUUCUUCUUCCAAGGCUCUUCCACUAAACCGAGAUGGAAAUUACGAUGCUGCCACUUCCGUCACCAUUUGCCCAGGUUGCGGAGUUCAUAUGCAGAACACAAACCCGAAACAUCCAGGUUUCUUCAUUCGACCAUCGACCGAGAAACAGAAGACCGAUUCGAUUCUUCGUCGUCUCGUACCCGUCUCUCAGGAGCCCGAAUUCAUCGAUUCAAUCAAACGAGGGUUUAUCGCUGAACCAGAUCACUGUGACGAUCUAAACCCUAAAGACGACGAUGAAGCCGAUAAGGAAUCAUCCGAUGUAAGACCCUUAGUGUGCGCAAGGUGCCAUUCACUUAGACAUUACGGGAAAGUGAAGGAUCCAACGGUGGAGAAUCUUCUUCCGGAUUUCGAUUUCGAUCACACAGUUGGGAGACGACUAAGUUCAGCUUCCGGUGCUCGAACCGUCGUUCUGAUGGUCGUAGACGCUUCGGAUUUCGACGGAUCUUUCCCAAAGAGAGUCGCGAAGCUCGUGUCGAGAACAAUCGACGAGAACAACACAGCGUGGAAAGAAGGGAAAUCAGGAAACGUCCCUAGAGUCGUCGUCGUGGUGACUAAGAUCGAUUUGUUACCGAGCUCGUUAUCUCCGACGAAAUUUGAGCAUUGGGUGAGACAGAGAGCUCGUGAAGGAGGUUUAAGCAAGAUCACGAAGCUACAUUUCGUUAGCCCUUUGAAGAACUGGGGAAUCAAGGAUUUGGUUGAGGACGUGGCGGCGAUGGCCGGGAAGAGAGGGCAGGUUUGGGCUGUUGGGUCGCAGAACGCCGGGAAAAGCACUCUGAUUAACGCCGUGGGGAAGGUUUUUGGCGGGAAAGUUUGGCAUUUGACGGAGGCUCCGGUGCCGGGAACUACAUUGGGGAUAGUUAGGAUCGAAGGUGUUUUGCCUUUUGAGGCGAAACUGUUUGAUACUCCUGGAUUGUUGAAUCCUCAUCAGAUUACGACGAGGCUCACGAGAGAGGAGCAGAGGCUUGUUCAUAUCAGCAAGGAGCUUAAGCCUAGGACUUACAGGAUCAAGGAAGGUUAUACGGUUCAUAUUGGUGGGCUAAUGAGACUUGACAUUGAUGAAUCAUCUGUAGAUUCUAUUUAUGUUACAGUUUGGGCGUCUCCUCAUGUUCCACUUCACAUGGGGAAGAAGGAGAAUGCAUACAAAACGCUCGAGGAACAUUUCGGUUCUCGUUUGCAGCCGCCGAUUGGGGAGAAGCGUGUGGAAGAGAUGGGGAAAUGGGUUAGAAAGGAGUUCCGAGUGAGUGGGAGCAAUUGGGACACGAGUUCAGUGGAUAUCGCUGUAUCUGGUCUCGGUUGGUUUGCUUUAGGACUCAAAGGAGAAGCCGUAUUAGGAGUGUGGACUCACGAAGGCAUUGAUGUGUUCCUUCGUGACUCGUUGCUCCCACAACGAGCACGCACUUUUGAAGAUUCCGGUUUCACCGUCUCCAAGAUCGUUGCCAACGCUGAUAGAGUUUCUAAUCAAGUUCACAAGGAGAAAACGCAGAAGAAAAAGAGACCCAACAAGAAGCCUACUUCAGAUUCUGUAUCUGACUUAGAAAGUUGCCAGGAGGUGUCUUUGUAGUAAAAUAUUGAGGGAUCAGAACUUCUUAGAUCUAAGUUGACUAUUUUUCUUGGUUUGCUGGAAUUACUCGUUUUUGUGAAUUUCACCAAGAUUACAGAGCUGCAAAUCUCAGAUCAUAGAACACAAAAGUAUUUUGUAUUGAGUUAUACAUAAUGGAACACAUAAUUAUCUCA